CUCGAGCGCGCAGGCGGCGGGCGAAGAAGAAGGAGGCGGCGGCGGCUGCUGCUGCUGUGUCCUCAACCGCUUCAAAUAAUAAAACAGAACGAAAACUUUUUUUUUUAAAAAAGCAAAAGAAACAGAAAGUGGAGGGGUGGUAAAAUAGAGAAAAAAAAAUCCUCUUUUCCUUCGAUGCUUCUUGAUAUUCCCCCCUCACUGGGGUUGAGCGCGGGUCUCUUGUGUCGAAGGCCCUUGUUGCAGCUCGCUUUCCCCCUUUAUCUUUUGGAAGGCAAUAUAAAACGUUAAUUAAUCUUUAACUAGUUCCCCCCCCUUCCCGUUUUUAUUUGUUUUAUUCAGUCAUGAAGGUGUGUGCUUUUACCAGGAAGCAUAGGCUCAGCUGCAAGGAUCUCUGACGCUCCCCCCCUUUCCAAAAUUUUCUUCCCCCUUUUAAUUUACUCAAUUUAUCUUCAUUAAUUUCCUAAUUCAUUUCUUACCGCCCCCCCCUUGUUAAUUUCAAUCCCUCCCUCCCCCCCCCCACUCUCUCUACCUCCUUCAAACCUCAACCCCACCAAAAACUCAUGAAGCUCAGAUCCGCUGAGGAGCAGUGACUAAAUCUUCAGUUUCUUUUUAAAAGAAAGUCUUCCCUCCGUCCACGUUGUCCUUAAACAUUUCAGAAGAAAUGAAGGUAAAAUCUCUGAGGGGGAAGGUGUCAGUUGUGUUGAAGUUUUUCUAAAGUUCUUAGAAUUUUAUUGGGAUUUCUAUCCCCCUUCUAUUCUUUUUAAAAGAAGUGUAAUGUUUGCCCUCUGUUUUCCUUUAGAAAUCUUCUAGGAGAAAUGAAGGAAAAGACUCUGUGGAAGAGGUAGAGAGAGUAAAUUUUCUUCCUCCUUUAAAUUCUUUAUUUAUUUUUGUCAGCAUUGUUAUUUAUCUCUUUUUUCCCCCUUUAUACUGAAAAAGUCCUUUAUUGUGAUUUUCACCCCUUUCCUGCAUCACUCCUCAGUUUCUCCUUUUCUCAGCCCUUUAGAAACUUUCUCGGACAAAUGAAGGCAAAACCUCCAAAGAGGUAGAGGGAAUUAACUUUCUCAUUCUUUAUUUUCCUGCUUUUGUUUUUGAAAAGCCUUUCUUUCCACCCUUUUUCCCUUUAGAUAUCUUAAGGAAACCUCUGGGACAAGUGAAAGAAAGAACUUUGAAGAAUAAGGGGAGGCAGUACAUGGUCUUAAAAUUUUGUGUGCAUGAGAUUCUUUCCUUCGCACCCUGCCUUGUUUCUUUUUCCUUUUCCAACACACUUUUUUCACUGAGAGAAUUUUUCUCCAAAAGAAACCUCCCAGAACAAAUCAAGGAUAAGACCCUGAGGGGAGAGAGGGAGUAAACAGUCCUUAAAUAAUUUUUGUAUUGUGGUUCCCACCUUCACUUUUUGCAGCUGAAGGAAAGCUGCCGAUCAUUAUUUUAAAUAAAAAUCUCUGGAGAAAGUUGCAGGACAGCAAAAGCUCUGAGAAAAGGCCUUUUAUUAAUGUUAUUUUUCACAACCCCCUUUAAAUUUCUGCACUCCCAUUCAUCAGUGUGGCCCUCUGCUUAAAACAAAUUCCAUGCCUGCAAGAAUGGAUUCAGACUGCGGGUCCUGGGCUGCUUUGAGACCCGUCCUUUGCAGCGCGUGUGCCUUCUUGUAUUUAUCUGCCUUUUGUUUUUAUGAUAUUUGAAAAGUUGCGUCUCGGCUGUGGAGGUGGAGUUUUGUAUUUGGGAAGGUCGACAGUAGCUUAGAAUGUGGUGUCCUGUGACUGUCCAUCACCUGAUUGAAAUCUGAAGAGGAAGGCUGUGCUUUUAUUUUUCCGAAGGGCAAACCGUGUCUGAGUGUCAGUCGAGAUGGCGGUGUCGAAGGUGCCAAGGAACUGUUCAGCGGCCAUAUCUUAAGUUAAAGGACCAGCUUCGGAGAUCAUCCGACCUUGACAACAGUGGGGGAGAAAGAGGUCUCUCUUUCUUUCAGAAUCCCCGAAAUUUUCUGUUUUUUCGUUUCUUCGGAGUGAUGGCCACGGACCCAGGAGACCCUGCCGGCCCAGAGGAUUCCAGCAAACCGGGAGGGGUACCCACCAGCUCUGGGCAGGCGCCUACUGGCUUGGGUUCGUCCCCCAUGCCUGGCAAGAUGGAGAAGGCUGGUGACAGCACCCCCCCUGGCCUCCAGGUGCAACCGGAACAGGGUGCCGAGAACCACCGCUUCGUGCGCAGGAGUGUGGAGCUGGUCGACCGGGAACAGGCGGGAGGCCGACAGCCUGAUAGCCAGGCCUGCCCGUGCACCCCCGAGGGCCGGAGUGAGCUGGCAGCUCCCCGGGGGCCCGCCCCAGAGGGCCCCAGGGAGGUGGCCCGCGAGAGAACGGAGAAGGAGAACGAGGAGGAGGCUGAGAUGAAGGCAGUCGCCACCUCUCCAGGAGGCCGCUUCCUGAAGUUUGACAUUGAACUCGGACGAGGGGCUUUUAAGACAGUGUACAAAGGCCUGGAUACAGAGACCUGGGUCGAGGUUGCUUGGUGCGAACUGCAGGACAGGAAGCUUACCAAAGCCGAGCAGCAGCGAUUCAAAGAGGAAGCUGAAAUGCUGAAGGGUUUGCAGCACCCGAACAUCGUGCGGUUUUACGAUUCCUGGGAGUCAACACUGAAAGGGAAGAAAUGCAUUGUGCUGGUCACAGAGCUGAUGACGUCAGGAACCUUAAAGACAUACUUGAAGCGGUUCAAGGUGAUGAAGCCGAAGGUGUUGCGCAGCUGGUGCCGGCAGAUCCUGAAGGGCUUGCACUUCCUCCAUACCCGCACACCGCCCAUCGUCCAUCGGGAUCUGAAGUGCGACAAUAUCUUUAUCACUGGACCCACCGGAUCAGUUAAGAUCGGCGAUCUGGGCCUCGCUACCUUAAUGCGCACGUCCUUUGCCAAAAGUGUUAUUGGCACUCCAGAGUUCAUGGCCCCGGAGAUGUACGAGGAACACUACGAUGAGUCGGUUGAUGUUUACGCCUUUGGAAUGUGCAUGCUGGAGAUGGCUACCUCUGAAUACCCUUACUCAGAGUGCCAGAACCCUGCCCAGAUCUAUCGCAAAGUCACCAGCGGCAUCAAGCCAGCGAGCUUCAGCAAAGUCAGUGACCCCGAAAUCAAAGAAAUUAUCGAAGGAUGUAUCCGGCAGAACAAGACGGAAAGGCUGGCCAUCAAAGACCUGCUGAGCUAUGCCUUCUUUGCCGAGGACACCGGCCUGCGGAUUGAGCUGGCCAAGGAGGAUAGUGGGCAGGACACCUCGCUGGCCCUGCGGAUCUGGGUGGAGGACCCCAAGAAGCUGAAGGGCAAGCACAAGGAUAAUGAGGCCAUUGAGUUCAGCUUCGACCUGGAGCGGGACACCCCUGAGGAGGUGGCACAGGAAAUGGUCAAGUCGGGGUUCUUCCACGAGAACGACUCCAAGCUACUGUCCAAGUCCAUCCGAGACCGGGUCUCAUUCAUCAAGAGGAAGCGGCAGAGGACGCAGCAGAUAAAGGAGGUGGAGGAGCGCCGCGAGCAGGAGGGGCAUGAGAGGCAGCGGUCCCAGAUCGAGCAGUCCGCCACCGGCUGGCAGCCCAGCCUGCCGGAGUCUGAGGAUCCUGAGGUUGACCAACACGCGCAGCAGAGCAAGCUGCUGAAGGGCACCACCUCACUGGACGCCGUUGCUGAUAGCGGCCUGGGACCCGCAGCCUGUUCUGAAUCUCGGGCAGGAGCUGUGGGGCACACCAUGGUCUCAGAGGAAAACCUGGGCCCACUGCACCUGUCCUCGGGCUCGAGUGUGGAGUCUCAUCCCCCGUCUGUGAGCCUCCAGCCAUCUCAGCAGCAGCAGCAAGUGGUGGGCAGCUACCCGCAAUCCAUUGUGCCCGCCCCGCACCAGGUGAACCCCGAGCCACAGCGACCGGCAAGACACGGGCAGGAUCCUCUUGGCGGGACCCCUGACGCCGUGAAGGAGGGGUCCAAUGGCAGCGAACCGGCAAACGGGAAGCCGGAGAAAGCUCAGAAGCCCCCACUGCGGAGGACGUCGUGCACUCGCGACCGUCUGGACAGGUCCACCAAGUUCCAACUGACUGUCCUGCAGGUUUCCAAUGUGGGAGACAAUAUGGUGGAGUGUCAGCUCGAGACCCAUAACAACAAAAUGGUCACUUUCAAGUUUGAUGUGGACGGCGAUGAUCCAGAAGACAUAGCUAUUUACAUGGUGGAAAAUAACUUCAUGCUAGAAGUUCAGAAGCCGAAGUUCAUCGAGGAAAUGCGAGCUAUCAUUACGAGUUCCCAGGAAAUGCUGAGAAACUCGGUGGAGGGUGAGCGGGGUACAGACGUGGCUGCCCAUUACCCCCCGGCCGACCUGGGUCAGUCCGACAGUGGGGCGCAUGUGGGUGCAGAGCAGCUGCAGAUGAACCAAGCAAUCUCUCAGACGUGCGGUGAAGGAAUCCAGCAGUCGUCUUCUGUUGGCCGCUGGCGAUUUUUCAUCAACCAGAAGAUAAAGAGCCGUGAGGCGGAUGGGCAGGUGGAUGUGGCACACCAGGGCCCACUAACCCAGACCCAGACAGAGGCGGAUGCUGACAAUCUGAGCCAAGAAAUGAGCCAGUUGACAACCUCCAACUCCCUGGAGGACAUCAAGCAGAUUCCCCUGGACUGCUCGGUGACCAGCGCAGACCAGCUGGACCAGUCAGUGAUGCAGUCCUGUGGCACCUCCUCCUCGUCUUCCUCCUCCUGCGGUGACGACUGCCCAGCAGCUGACUGCAGCACCACUCCCUGCCCAACACCAAGCCUCGAGUGCCGCCCAUCUGUACCACCCGGAGCUGACCUCACCACCUCCACCUCAUCAUCGUCCUCCUCAUCCUCCUCUGCGCCCGAGCCAGACAGUGAGAGGCCUCCCAAGAUGGGCUUCGCUGACAACCGCAUCAGGACCCUGGACGAGAAGCUGCGCACGCUGCUGUUCCCGGAGCCCGGUGCCUCUGACUCUCCACGCCCGGCCUGUUCUGGCGAGGGUCCAGAUCCCGGACAGCCUCUGGAGCAGGCCUCCCCUCUGCCUACCAGCCACAACGCCCAGGAGGCGGACACCCCCUUGGCUGGGUGUCCAUCUGCCAGUCUACCCGAAAAGCAACCCCCACUGCAGGCCGAGAAAAGCAUCUGUGAGCCAUCAGACCCCGGGGCCCUGGCCUGCCAGCCGCCAGGUGGAGCAACGCAGCACCAGAGUGGAGCUGGAGACAGUCGGAGCACCAGAGGAGCCAUCGAUCCAAGCCCGUCGGAGCAAGGCAGCUUGUUUAGCGUCUUCCCGGACGGCCAGCCAACUGUGCCGCUGCAGACCGGGCGCUUUCAGGUUUCUGCAGCUGCCCUGCACCCUGAAGGUGCUGUUCCUUCGGAUGACCAGGAGCUCUGUGCCAGGCUCGAAGCCCCGUCAGCCAGCUCGAAGGAUGAUGCCGGGGCUGACAGCAAGCCCAGGACAGGGAGCAUCAUCGGGGACUACGUGCAGAUGGAGGCAGCGCUGUCUUUCCAAUCAGGCAGCACCUUGGACCCUCGGGGCGACCAGGACGCAGUGCCGCUGGGCUGCAGUGAGGGCCAGAUCAGCUGGGAGGAUGGUGGGACUGGGAAUGCUUGGCCUGCUGCCGGCCAGUGGCUGAUGGAGGUGCGGAGGGCUGGCAUCAUCUGCAAGCAGCCAAGCACCGAGAGCGAGCUGUCUGCCCUGGCCGAGCCAGGCGAGUGGCCGCCGUGCGUGGGCUCCCUACAUGUUACCGAGGCUGUCCAGCCUGACCUGCCUGCCUGCAAUUCGCCCACUUCCCCCUCGCCCAUGAGCAGUGACAAUGAGUCCGAGGUGGAGGACGAUGACCUGAAACGGGAACUACAGAACCUCCGGGAGAAGCACAUCAAGGAAGUUGUGUGUCUCCAGGCACAACAGAACCAGGAGCUGCAGGAGCUGUACGAACGACUCCGGGUUCCCAAGGAUAUGUACGAGGACUUGCUGCAGUCCUCUUCACUGCCAGGCCGGCGCCAAAAGACCACCAAGGCCAAGAGCCGCACACUCAAGUCUCACUCUCUGAGUACCACCCCCACCAGUACAGGCUCCUUCUGUUACCCAGCUCCAUGCAGCCCGCAGCAGGUGGCAGGAGCCAAGAAGGGCACCUUCACAGAUGACCUGCACAAGCUGGUGGAUGACUGGGCCAAGGAGAGGAUCGGUGCUGCCUGCCUGAAGCCCAGCCUGAAUGAGAUCCGUGAAAUUCAGAACCGCCAGGACCUGGAAUGCUGGCAACAGCAGCAGCAGCUGUGUGACGGUGUCUCUCAAUCGUGUACAGUCUGGAUGGCGCCCACGUCGCAAGCUCAGGGUUUGCAGCCCUCUGGUAUCACCCCUCCGAACUGUCACCCCAGCCCCGCGGCUCCCUACUCCGUCCCGCACCGUUGCCCGUACUCGGGUCUGGCCAGAGCAGCGUACCAUGCUCAGCAGUCGGGGGGCUCGGCCUGCAGUGUCCCUCCUCAUGGGGCAGCUCCACCUCCUCCUCCUGCCCCCACGCAGCCGUCGAUGGCCCCAUGUCUGACUGGGGUGGGGGGAGCUGCUCAGACAUCACUGGCGGCCACUCCACGCUCCAAGUGAGAGGCA